GCUGUAACUGUCACAACGGAGCCAACGGAGCCCAGUACACAACGGAGCCCAGUACACAACGGAGCCAACGGAGCCCAGUACACAACGGAGCCAACGGAGCCCAGUACACAACGGAGCCAACGGAGCCCAGUCACAAACGGGCCCAGUACACAACGGAGGCCAACGGAGCACAGUGACACAAACGGAAAGCCAAAGUACACACGGAGCCAACGGAGCCCAGUACACAACGGGCCCAGUACAAACGGAGACCAGUACACAACGGAGCCCAGUACAACAACGGAGCCAACGGAGCACCAGUACACAACGGAGCCAGUUACACAAAGGAGCCAGUACACAACGGAGCCCAGUACCACAACGGAGCCCAGUACACAACGGAGCCAACGGAAGCCCAGUACACACGGAGCCCAGUCACAACGGAGCCACGGAGCCCAGACACAACGGAGCCAACGGAGCCCAGGACACAACGGAGCCACGGAGCCCAGACACAACGGAGCCAACGGCGCCCCAUACACAAGGAGCCAGUACACAACGGAGGCCAACAGAGCCAGACACAAACGGAGCCCAGUACCCCACAACGGAGCCCACGUUACACAACGGAGCCCAGUACACAACGGAGGCCAACGGGGCCCAGUACCACAACGGAGCCCAGUCCCAGUACACAACGGAGCCCAGUACACAAACGGAGCCAACGGAGCCCAGUACACAACGGAGCCAACGGGAGCCAAGUACACAACGGAGCCAAACGGAGCCAGUACACAAACGGAGCACCAGUUACACAACGGAGCCAACGGAGCCCAGUACUACAAACGGAGCCAACUGGCCCAGUACACAACGGAAGCCAACGGAAGCCCAGAUACACAACGGGAGCCAACGGGAGCCCAGUACACAACGGAAGCCCAGUACACCAACGGAGCCAACGGAGGCCCAGUACACAACGGAGGCCAACGGAGCCCCAUGUUACACAAACGGAGCCAACGGAGCCCCUUACACAACGGAGCCAACAGAAGCCCAGUACACAACGGGCCAACGGAGCCAGUACACCAACGGGAGGCCAACCGUGCCCAUUCCACAACGGAGCCAACAGGAGCCAGUACACAACGGAGCCAACGGAGCCCAGGUACACCAACGGAGCCCAACAGACCCAGUACACAACGGAGCCAACCGAGCCCAGUACACAACGGAGCAACAGAGCCCAGUACACAACGGAGCCCAGUACACAACCGGAGCCCAGUACACAACGGAGCCAACGGAGCCCAGUACACAACGGAGCCAACGGAGCCCAGUACACAACGGAGCCAACGGAGCCCAGUACACAACGGAGCCCAGUACACAACGGAGCCAACGGAGCCCAGUACACAACGGAGCCCAGUACACAACGGAGCCCAGUACACAACGGAGCCCAGUACACAGCGGAGCCAACGGAGCCCAGUACACAACGGAGCCCAGUACACAACGGAGCCCAGUACACAACGGAGCCCAGUACACAACGGAGCCAACGGAGCCCAGUACACAACGGAGCCCAGUACACAACGGAGCCCAGUACACAACGGAGCCCAGUACACAACGGAGCCAACGGAGCCCAGUACACAACGGAGCCCAGUACACAACGGAGCCCAGUACACAACGGAGCCCAGUACACUGCUAGUAAUGGGGAGUAUAGAUGUAGCUCAGGCUGGAAGGGACUCCAAUGCACACAGCAUCAGUUUCCUAGUGUGUAUGUCUGUCUGUCUCUGUGUGUGUGUGAUGCGUCUGUGCGUCUGUGUGUCAGUUUGUGAGUGCAGGCGUAGUCCUGGUGUAGGGCUCAUAGCGCACAGCACAGCCAUCAGCUCACACACAGGGACAUCUACUGGCAGUCCAAUGGUUCUGCAGCAGAGAGAGACACAGGGACAUCUACUGGCAGUCCAAUGGUUCUGCAGCAGAGAGAGACACAGUGACAUCUACUGGCAGUCCAAUGGUACUGCAGCAGAGAGAGACACAGUGACAUCUACUGGCAGUCCAAUGGUACUGCAGCAGAGAGAAACACAGUGACAUCUACUGGCAGUCCAAUGGUACUGCAGCAGAGAGAAACACAGUGACAUCUACUGGCAGACAGACAGUGGUCAAAGGUUUUGAGAAUGACACAAAUAUUAAUUUUCACAAAGUCUGCUGCCUCAGUUUUUAUGAUGGCAAUUUGCUAAUACUAUAGAAUGUUAUGAAGAGUGAUCAGAUUAAUUGCAAUUAAUUGCAAAGUCCCUCUUUGCCAUGAAAAUGAACUUAAUCCCCCAAAAACAUUUCCAUCAUCAUCACCAAUCAUGUCAGUGAUUCUGUCGUUAACACAGGUGAGAGUGUUGACGAGGACAAGGCUGGAGAUCACUCUGUCAUGCUGAUUGAGUUAGAAUAACAGACUGAAAGCUUUAAAAGGAGGGUGGUUUUUUAAAUCAUUGUUCUUCCUCUGUUAACCAUGGUUACCAGCAAGGAAACAAAAAGGGCUUCACAGACAAGGAUAUUGCUGCUAGUAAGAUUGCACCUAAAUCAACCAUUUAUUGGAUCAUCAAUAACUUCAAGGAGAGAGGUUCGAUUGUUGUGAAGAAGGCUUCAGGGCGCCCAAGAAAGUCCAGCAAGCGCCAGGACCGUCUCCUAAAGGCAGGUGUGAGUGCAUCUGCACACACAUUGAGGCAAAGACUUUUGGAGGAUGGCCUGGUGUCAAGAAGGGCAGCGAGGACGCCACUUCUCUCCAGGAAAAACAUCAGGGACAGACUGAUAUUCUGCAAAAGGUACAGGGAUUGGACUGCUGAGGACUGGGGUAAAGUAAUUUUCUCUGAUGAAUCCCCUUUCCGAUUGUUUGGGGCAUCCGGAAAAAAGCUUGUCCGGAGAAGACAAGGUGAGCGCUACCAUCAGUCCUGUGUCAUGCCAACAGUAAAGCAUCCUGAGACCAUUCAUGUGUGGGGUUGCUUCUCAGCCAAGGGAGUGGGCUCACUCACAAUUGUGCCUAAGAACACAGCCAUGAAUAAAGAAUGGUACCAACACAUCCUCAGAGAGCAACUUCUCCCAACCAUCCAAGAACAGUUUGGUGACGAGCACCUUGCCAUAAGGCAAAAGUGAUAACUAAGUGGCUCGGGGAACAAAACAUCGACAUUUUGGGUCCAUGGCCAGGAAACUCCCCAGACCUUAAUCCCAUUGAGAACUUGUGGUCAAUCCUCAAGAGGCGGGUGGACAAACAAAAACCCACAACUUCUGACAAACUCCAAGCAUUGAUUAUUCAAGAAUGGGCUCCCAUCAGUCAGGAUGUGGCCCAGAAGUUAAUUGACAGCAUGCCAGGGCGGAUUGCAGAGGUCUUGAAAAAAGAAGGGUCAACACUGCAAAUAUUGACUCUUUGCAUAAACGUAAUGUAAUUGUCAAUAAAAGCCUUUGACACUUAUGGAAUGCUUCUAAUUAUACUUCAGUAUACCAUAGUAAUAUCUGACAAAAAUAUCUAAAAACACUGAAGCAGCAAACUUUGUGAAGACCAAUACUUGUGUCAUUCUCAAAACUUUUGACCACAACUGUACUGUUUAAUAGUCUAGUGGGAUACAAUACACACAUGGUAUAUUAUAUCAUAUUAAAUUAUAUAAUAUAAUUGCACCAUUGAAUAAACUAAGGCCAUUGUAGGAUCCUCAUCAGUCACAUAUUAUAAAGGGAAUUAGAGAAUUGAGGAGAAUUAGAUGGACUAUCAACAUUGUCUCUGAUGUUGAUACCACAGCCUACCAUGGCUCCAUCUCCAUUGUACACUGCUCAAAAAAAAUUAAGGGAACACUUAAACAACACAAUGUAACUACAAGUCAAUCACACUUCUGUGAAAUCAAACUGUCCACUUAGGAAGCAACACUGAUUGACAAUACAUGUCACAUGCUGUUGUGCAAAUGGAAUAGACAACAGGUGGAAAUUAUAGGCAAUUAGCAAGACACCCCCAAUAAAGGACUGGUUUUGCAGGUGGUGACCACAGACCACUUCUCAGUUCCUAUGCUUCCUGGCUGAUGUUUUGGUCACUUUUGAAUGCUGGCGGUGCUUUCACUCUAGUGGUAGCAUGAGACGGAGUCUACAACCCACACAAGUGGCUCAGGUAGUGCAGCUCAUCCAGGAUGGCACAUCAAUGCGAGCUGUGGCGAGAAGGUUUGCUGUGUCUGUCAGCGUAGUGUCCAGAGCAUGGAGGCGCUACCAGGAGACAGGCCAGUACAUCAGGAGAUGUGGAGGAGGCCGUAGGAGGGCAACAACCCAGCAGCAGGACUGCUACCUCCGCCUUUGUGCAAGGAGGAGCAGGAGGAGCACUGCCAGAGCCCUGCAAAAUGACAUCCAGCAGGCCACAAAUGUGCAUGUGUCUGCUCAAACGGUCAGAAACAGACUCCAUGAGGGUGGUAUGAGGGCCCGACGUCCACAGGUGGGGGUUGUGCUUACAGCCCAACACCGUGCAGGACGUUUGGCAUUUGCCAGAGAACACCAAGAUUGGCAAAUUCGCCACUGGCGCCCUGUGCUCUUCACAGAUGAAAGCAGGUUCACACUGAGCACAUGUGACAGACGUGACAGAGUCUGGAGACGCCGUGGAGAACGUUCUGCUGCCUGCAACAUCCUCCAGCAUGACCGGUUUGGCGGUGGGUCAGUCAUGGUGUGGGGUGGCAUUUCUUUUGGGGGCCGCACAGCCCUCCAUGUGCUCGCCAGAGGUAGCCUGACUGCCAUUAGGUACCGAGAUGAGAUCCUCAGACCCAUUGUGAGACCAUAUGCUGGUGCGGUUGGCCCUGGGUUCCUCCUAAUGCAAGACAAUGCUAGACCUCAUGUGGCUGGAGUGUGUCAGCAGUUCCUGCAAGAGGAAGGUAUUGACCUGAAUCCAAUUGAGCACAUCUGGGACAUCAUGUCUCGCUCCAUCCACCAACGCCACGUUGCACCACAGACUGUCCAGGAGUUGGCGGAUGCUUUAGUCCAGGUCUGGGAGGAGAUCCCUCAGGAGACCAUCCGCCACCUCAUCAGGAGCAUGCCCAGGCGUUGUAGGGAGGUCAUACAGGCACGUGGAGGCCACACACACUACUGAGCAUCAUCUUGACUUGUUUUAAGGACAUUACAUCAAAGUUGGAUCAGCCUGUAGUGUGGUUUUCCACUUUAAUUUUGAGGGUGACUCCAAAUCCAGACCUCCAUGGGUUGAUAAAUUUGAUUUCCAUUGAUAAUUUUUGUGUGAUUUUGUUGUCAGCACAUUCAACUAUGUAAAGAAAAAAGUUUUUAAUAAGAUUAUUUCAUUCAUUCAGAUCUAGGAUGUGUUAUUUUAGUGUUCCCUUUAUUUUUUUGAGCAGUGUAUUUCAGUCCUUACUGGGCUGCAAUGGCUUGUGACUUGUGGUGUUCUCUGUGGUUUGGUGGAGUUCUUUGUGGUUUGGUGGUGUUCUCUGUGGUUUGGUGUGUAUGUGGUACAUGUAGUGAAGCAAUGUUGAUGUCUCUGUUGAAUCUCACCCAGUGUUGUAUGAUGCAUUAUGAUGAGUGAGCUCUUUUCCUGCAUUAUGAUUUGUUGGAUCAGUGACACUGAUGCUGACUAUCUCUCUGUCUGACUAUCUCUCUCUGUCGAACUAUCUCUCUCUGUCGGACUCUCUCUCUGUCAGACUAUCUCUCUGAUGCUGACUAUCUCUGAUGCUGACUGUCUCUCUGAUGCUGACUAUCUCUCUGAUGCUGACUAUCUCUCUGAUGCUGACUAUCUUUCUGAAGCUGACUAUCUCUGUCUGACUAUCUCUCUCUCUGAUGCUGACUAUCUAUCUGUCUGACUAUCUUUGUCUGACUGUCUCUCUGACACUGACUAUCUCUCUGUUUGACUAUCUCUCUCUCUGAUGCUGACUAUCUAUCUGUCUGACUAUCUCUGUCUGACUGUCUCUCUGAUGCUGACUAUCUCUCUGAUGCUGACUAUCUCUCUGUCUCUCUGAUGCUGACUAUCUCUCUGUCUGACUAUCUCUGUCUGACUAUCUCUCUGUCUGACUAUCUCUCUGUCUCUCUGAUGCUGACUAUCUCUCUGUCUGACUAUUCUCUGUUGGACUAUUCUCUAUCUGACUAUCUCUCUGAUGUUGACUAUCUCUCUGUCUGACUAUCUCUGUCUGACUAUCUCUCUGUCUGACUAUCUCUCUGUUUCUCAGAUGCUGACUAUCUCUCUGUCUGACUAUCUCUGUCUGACUGUCUCUCUGAUGCUGACUAUCUCUCUGAUGCUGACUAUCUCUCUGACUCUCUGAUGCUGACUAUCUCUCUCUGACUAUAUCUUUCUCUCUGAUGCUGACUAUCUCUCUGUCUGACUAUCUCUGUCUGACUAUCUCUCUGUCUGACUAUCUCUCUGUUUCUCAGAUGCUGACUAUCUCUAUGUCUAUCUGACUAUUUAUAUGAUGCUGAAUAUCUUUCUGUCUUACUAUCUGAUGCUGACUAUCUCUGUCUGGCUAUCUCUCUUUCUGACUCUGUCUGACGAUCUCUCUGAUGCUGACGAUCUCUCUGAUGCUGACGAUCUCUCUGAUGCUGACGAUCUCUCUGAUGCUGACGAUCUCUCUGAUGCUUACUGUCGUGACGUGACCUAACAUUAAUCUGAUGACUGAUAUUUCUCUAAUUAUCUAACUAUGUUUAAUUGUUACCCGAUGAAAUUAAUCAUGUAACAAUGAACUCAUUAGGAUUUGGGGUACCACGGAAUAAGUUGUUUAACGAGUUACCAUCUCCCGAAUUAAACUCCAGAAGAUAUAUAGAUAUCUAUUACGUCAACAGCCACUUAUUAAUCAUUACCUCGUAUCAUGUCAUUCUGAAUGUCGCAUAUUCCUUGCAUCUGCACAAACCCCAGCUUUACUGAUCAUUCCGUACCACACAUUGAUUUAAUUAUUUAUUUACUAACUAACUAAAUGAUAACACAGGAUACACACACACAAUAUAGGUUAUUGAUUAGAAACUUAAUACGAUGGAAACAGGUCCCUAGCGGACUAACAGCAACAUGACUGCUUGUUUACCAGAAGAGGGAGGAGUAGAGAGAGAGAGCGAAAGAGAGACACAACACUUAUACAUUUGGAAACUACGCUCACGAUAAUCAUAAUACUUUGCACCCUAACCGCCGCCCGUUUGAAGUCAUGAAUGUAUUUACGUGUCUGAAUGUCUUCCUUCUUCGUUUUAUCUCUGUUGGACCUAAGCCUUCUCGGAAAGGGGUUCGGUUGGGCCUUCUCUCGAACUUGGAGUGUAAGUCUCUGAUUGUCCACCAGAGGUCACAAUGUCCUUCUUAGUUGUCCGUGGCUUCAAUGACUGGUCAUGUAGUCUGGGCGAAAACCAACAGGGUGGUGUUUCCUUUCACUUGUUCUGGAAGAGUGGUCCUCUGAAGACAGCUAAUCAGCCGUGUCGAUGAUCCCCAGUGAGGUGAUGAGACCAGUGUAGUAGACGAUGGCUUGAAGAGAGUAACAGGAUGGUCCCACUUAAAUUCACCUUCUUAGAUACAGUACUUAGAACAGCUACUCAGACGUAACAUUGAUUGUUAGAGAGGCGAUGCUGAAUAUUUAUCUGAUGUUGACUAUCUCUUUGAUGCUAACUAUCUCUCUGAUGCUGACUAUCUCUCUGACGCUGACUAUCUCUCUCUCUGACUAUCUCACUGGCUCUCAGAUGCUGACUAUCUCUCUGACGCUGACUAUCUCUCUGUCUGACUAUCUCACUGGCUCUCUGAUGCUGACUAUCUCUCUGAUGCUGACUAUCUCUCUGAUGCUGACUAUCUCUCUGAUGCUGACUAUCUCUCUGAUGCUGACUAUCUCUCUGUCUGACUAUCUCUCUCACUGAUGCUGACUAUCUCUCUGUCUGACUAUCUCACUGAUGCUGACUAUCUCUCUGUCUGACUAUCUCACUGACGCUGACUAUCUCUCUGUCUGACUAUCUCUCUGUCUGACUAUCUCACUGGCUCUCUGAUGCUGACUAUCUCUCUGUCUGACUAUCUCACUAUCUCUCUGAUGCUGACUAUCUCUCUGUCUGACUAUCUCACUGGCUCUCUGAUGCUGACUAUCUCUCUGUCUGACUAUCUCACUAUCUCUCUGAUGCUGACUAUCUCUCUGUCUGACUAUCUCACUAUCUCUCUGAUGCUGACUAUCUCUCUGUCUGACUAUCUCACUGGCUCUCUGAUGCUGACUAUCUCUCUGUCGGACUAUCUCUCUGAUGCUGACUAUCUCUCUGUCUGACUAUCUCACUGGCUCUCAGAUGCUGACUAUCUCUCUGACGCUGACUAUCUCUCUGUCUGACUAUCUCACUGGCUCUCAGAUGCUGACUAUCUCUCUGACGCUGACUAUCUCUCUGUCUGACUAUCUCACUAUCUCUCUGAUGCUGACUAUCUCUCUGUCUGACUAUCUCACUGGCUCUCUGAUGCUGACUAUCUCUCUGAUGCUGACUAUCUCUCUGAUGCUGACUAUCUCUCUGUCUAAAUAUUCUCUCUCUCCCUCACCCCUCACUCACUCCGCCUCCUCUCUCUCUCUCUUCACCUCUCCCAUCACUCACUCCCUCCCUCUCUCUCGUUCUCCCUUACCUCUCCCUUCACUAACCCCCCCUCUCUCGCUCACUCUCUCUCACUCCCCCUCUCUCUGCCAUCUCUACCUCACCAUCACUCACUCCCCCCUCUCUUUGCCUCUCCCUCACCUCACUCCCCUCCUUCUCUCGCUCUUUCUUACUCCCUCACCUCACCCCUCCCCUCUCUGUCUCUCACUCACUCCCCCCUCUCUCUGCCUCUCUCUCUCCCUCACAAUACCUUCACUCUCUCUCCCUCACCCCUACCCUCACUCUCUCUCCCUCACCCCUCCCCUCACUCUCUCUUUCUCCCUCACCCCUUCCCUCACUCUCUCUCGCUCUCCCUCACCCAUCGCCCUUCCCUCACUCUGCCUCCCUAACCCCCCCCCCACCCCACCAGGUUGUCCAUUAGGGUUCUAUGGUAGAGACUGUACAGAGGUGUGUCGUUGUCAGAAUGGGGGAAACUGUGAUCACAUGACAGGACAGUGUUCCUGUCUCACCGGCUUCAUUGGGACCAGCUGUGAACAGAGUGAGUGGAACAUCUAUACAUAUCUCCUUAAUCUCUUUGGUGCUGGUCCCCAUUGCAACUGAAUGCAUCAGGAAAUGAAUUGACCAAUCAGUCUUAUUCUGUCUGCUCCUGUAUCUUACUGCUCUACCCAUUCUCCCACUCUGUCACGACUUUACGGUGUGUGUGAUUUCUCCCCUCUCAGAGUGUCCCCCUGGUACGUUCGGCUACGGCUGUCAGCAGCUGUGUGAGUGUCUGAACAACGCCACCUGCGACUAUGUGACUGGGACCUGCUACUGCAGCAUAGGGUACAAGGGCAUCCGCUGUGACCAGGGUGAGGAGAAUGGACGUACUACUCAGCAAACUGGGAACAUUCCCAGAACAUUAGCUAAGAUUCCCAUUAAGUUCUAAUUAGGGUUUUUAUCUAAAAAUUAGGAUGAUAACAUCCCAAAAACAUUCAGAGAAUGUUUUUGAUCAAAUAUAUUUAUUGGAAGAAAAAAAAAACAUUUCAGAUGAGUUUUAUUAGUCACAUGCACAGGGUCGGCGAUGUGAUGUAAAUGUGGAAUUCUGAUGCGCUAAGCUCCCACAGUGCAGGUCAAAGAAAAAGUACAAACCUGCAAAGUUUUGUAGGAGCUCGAGGAAAGGCUACCAGGUUCUUCAACGCCAUCUUGCCAGAGGUUCACCUGAUGUUACAAGAACGUUCCCAGAACAAAUUUGUUUGUCCUUUAAAGGUUCCCAGAAUGUUUCAUUAGGUUGUGGUAAAACAUGACAUGACAAGAGAUAUGUUCCCAAAAUACAAAAACUGUCCAGUUGUGCUGACAUUCAGAUAACUGUUUGUAUCAGGGUGCAAGAAUGAUGACAAAACAGUUUUUCUGAGUUCUUUAAAGGUUCCCAGAACAUGUAAUUAGGUUGUGGGAACAGUGUGGGUACAUUACAAGAAAUAGGUUCCCAAAACACAAAAUAUGCUCAGUUGUGAUGACAUUCAUGCAAUCUUUAAGUUAAGUUGCACAGGACAUUCCCUUAAUGUUGUAAGAAUGAAAUAAGUCAGUUUUUAUGACGUUCAUAGCAUUUUUUUUUUUACAACUGGACAGUUUUUGUGUUUUGGGAACAUCUUUUGUGAUGUCCCCAGAAUGUUCCCACCAGACUGUUCCCACAACCUAAUGAAACAUUCUGGGAACCUUUUAAAGAACAGACAAAAUGUGUUCUGGGAACUUUCUUGUAACGUCAGGUGAAUGUUUUUUUUUUCUUUUUGCACCCUAAAAGAAACAUUGUUGAAUCAUCCGGACAACUGGCCAGUUUUUUGUGUUUUGGAACAUCAGGCGAAUGUUUUAUAGAAACAAUCUACAAUCAUCACCACGACUGGACAGCUUCUGUGUUAUGAGAACAUUUGCUGCGACCUAACAAAUGUUCUGGGAACCUUCACAUAACCAAUGUUGAUUUGCUGGGUAGUCUUUCUAUCUGUCUGUCUCUUUCAAAGUUGAUCGCAAUGUUUCUCUCAUCACACACACACACAAACACACACACACACACACACACACACACACAAAAUAGUAGCAUACACUCAACCUCUCCCUUGUGUGUGAUCCUCUCCCUGUGUGUGUGUGUUCCUCUCCCUUGUGUGUUGUUCCUCUCCCUUGUGUGUGUUCCUCUCCCUGUGGUGUGUUCCUCUCCCUUGUGUGUGUUCCUCUCCCCUGUGUGUGUGUUCCUCUCCCUUGUGUGUGUUCCUCUCCCUGUGUGUGUUCCUCCCCCCCUGUGUGUGUGUACCUCUCCCUUUGUGGGGUGUUCUCUCCCCCUUUUGUGUGUUCCUCUCCUUGUGUGUGUUUUCCCCUCCCCUGUGUGUGUGUUCCUCUCCCCUUUUGUGUGUUCCUUUUCCCUGUGUGUGUUCCUCUCCCCUGUGUGGUGUGUUCCUCUCCCUGUGUGUGUGUUCCUCUCCCCUGUGUGUGUUCCUCUCCCCUGUGUGUGUUCCUCUCCCCUGUGGGGUGUGUUCCUCUCCCCUGUGUGUGUGUUCCUCUCCCCUGUGGGUGUUCCUCUCCCCUGUGUGUGUGUACCUCUCCCUGUGUGUGUGUACCUCUCCCUGUGUGUGUGUUCCUCUCCCUGUGUGUGUUCCUCUCCCUGUGUGUGUGUACCUCUCCCUGUGUGUGUGUUCCUCUCCCUGUGUGUGUUCCUCUCCCCUGUGUGUGUGUUCCUCUCCCUGUGUGUGUGUUCCUCUCCCGUGUGUGUUUUGUACCUCUCCCUGUGUGUUGUGUGCCUCUCCCCUGUGUUCCUCUCCCCUGUGUGUGUUCCUCUCCCCUGUGUGUGUUCCUUCCCCUGUGGUGUUCCUCUCCCCGUGUGUUGUUCCUCUCCCCUGUUGGUGUUUCCUCUCACCCCGUGUGUCCCUCUCCCUUGUGUGUUCCUCUCCCUGGGUGUGUGUUCCUUUCCCUGUGUGGUUUUUCCUCUCCCUGUGUGUUCCUCUCCCUGUGUGUGUUCCUCUCCCCUGUGGGUGUUCCUCUCCCCUGUGGGUGUUCCCUACCUGUGUGUGUCCUCUCUGUUGGUGUGGUGUGUUUUCUCUCCCUGUGUGUGCCUCUCCCUGUGUUUCCUCCCCUUGGGUUUCCCUCCCCUGUGGGGUUUCCCCUCCUGUGUGGGUUCCUCUCCCCGGGGUGUCCUUCCCCUGGGGUUCCUCUCCUUGUGUGUCCUCUCCCAUUGGGGUUCCCUCUCCCUGGGGUGUUCCAUCCCUGUGUGUGUUCCUCUCCCCUGUGGGUGUCCCUCUCCCUUGGUGUCCUUCCCCCGUGUGGUUCCCUCCCCUGGGGUGUUCCUCUCACCUGUGUGUUUCCUCUCCCUGUGUGUGUGUCCUCUCCCCCGUGGGUGUUCCUCUCCCCGUGGUGUCCCCUCUCCCUUGUGUGGUGUUUCCUCUCCACUGUGGUGUGUUCCUCUCCCUGUGUGUGUGUUCCUCUCCCUGUGUGUGUGUGUGUGUUUUGUGUUUCCUUCCCUGUGUGUGUGUUCCUCUCCCUGUGUGUCUGUUUCUCUCCCCUGUGGUGUGUUCCUCUCCUGUGUGUCUGUUUCUCCCUGUGGGUUCCCCCUCCCUGUGUGUGUAUUCCUCUCCCCCUGUGGGUUUCCUCUCCCCUGUGUGUGUUCCUCUCCCUGUGUGUCUGUUCCCCUCCCUGUGUGGGGUACCUCUCCCCUUGUGUUUUUCCUCUUCCAAGGUGUGUGUGUUCCUCUCCCUGUGUGUUCCUCUCCCCUGUGUGGGUAUUCCUCUCCCCUGUGUGUUCCUCUCCCUGUGUGUGUUCCUCUCCCUGUGUGUGUGUUCCUCUCCCAUGUGUGUGUAUUCCUCUCCCCUGUGUGUUCCUCUCCCAUGUGUGUGUAUUCCUCUCCCCUGUGUGUUCCUCUCCCAUGUGUGUGUAUUCCUCUCCCCUGUGUGUUCCUCUCCCUGUGUGUCCCUCUCCCUGUGUGUUCCUCUCCCUGUGUGUGUGUCCCUCUCCCUGUGUGUUCUCUCCCCUGUGUGUGUGUUCCUCUCCCAUGUGUUCCUCUCCCCUGUUGUGUGUGUUUCCUCUCCAUGUGUGUGUAUUCCUCUCCCCUGUGUGUUCCUCUCCCUGUGUGUCCCUCUCCCUGUGUGUUCCCUCUCCCUGUGUGUGUGUAUUCCCCUUUUUCCUCUCCCCUGUGUAUCAUCUCCACUGUGUGUGGUUCCUCUCCCUGUGUGUGUGUUCCUCUCCCUUUGGUGUGUGUGUUUCCCCUCCUGUGUGUGUUUCCUCUCCCUGUGUUGAUUCCUCUCCCCUGUGUAUGUUCCUCCCCCUGUGUGUAUUCCUCUCCCUGUGUUUUGAUUUCCUCCCCCCCUGGUGUUCCUCUCCCCUGUGUGGUGUACAUUCCCCUGUGUGUAUUCCUCUCCCCUGUGUGUUCCUCCCCUGUGGUUUCCUUCCCUGUGUGUAUUCCUCUCCCUGUGUGUAUUCCUCCCUGUGUGUUCCUCUCCCGUGUUGUUCCUCUCCCUCCUGUUGUGUUCUUCCCCUGUGUGUGUUCUCUCCCUUGUUUCCUCCCUGUGUGUAUUCCUCUCCCCUGUGUGUUCCUCUCCCCUGUGUGUGUUCCUCUCCCCUGUGUGUAUCCUCCCUGUGUGUGUUCCUCUCCCUGUGUGUGUUCCUCUCCCUGUGUUUUCCCUCUCCCCUGUGUGUGUUCUCCCCUGUGUGUGUUCCUCUCCCUGUGUGGUCUCCCCCGGUGUGUUCUCCCCCUGUUGUUUCCUCCCCCCUGUGUGUGUGUUCCUCUCCCUGUGUGUGUGUUCCUCUCCCCAGCUGCUCUGGUGAUGGAGGAGUUGAACCCGUACACUAAGAUCUGUCCAGCGCGGGGAGGUUCAGAGCACCAGUCAGCUGGGGCUGUGAUGGGCAUCAUCUUCCUCCUCCUCCUCAUCAUGAUGGCUAUGCUCAGCCUGUUUAUCUGGUACCGACAGAGACAGAGGGACAAGGGACCCCACAUGCAGCCUAGUGUGGCGUAUAUGCCUGGCCUGAGGAUAACCGACUAUACUGGUGAGACCCCUAACUCUAACCCUGACCCAUAA